AUGCCUGCGUUCCCAGCUCUGAAACUCAGCUACUUUGGCUUCGCUGGUCGCGCUGAGGCCGCUCGGCUGGCCUUCUACAUUGGUGGUGUCCCGUUCGAAGACAAGCGCCUGAGCCACGAGCAGUUCCCUGAGUUGAAGCUGUCGCUCCCGUUGGGUCAAGUUCCGGUGUUGGAGGUCGACGGUCAAGUCAUGACUCAGACCUACGCAAUCCUCCGCUACGCUGGUCGUCUUGGCGGUCUCUACCCGGUCAGCACUCCCUUCGCAGCGCUCAAAGUUGACGAGAUGCUGCACGCGCUGUGUGAAAUGGGAGACCAGAUCAUCCCUUCCUUCCAAGAGCAAGAUGCUGAGAAGAGGAAAGCGAUGCGCGAAGAGCUCGCCACCGUCACUCUGCCACGUUACGCCGCCUUGGUGGAGGCUCGACUGCAAAAGCUGCAGGAGCUGCCAAUGUUCCGAUCUGAUGCCGUGUUCGUGCACGAGAUCUCGAUCUACACGUGGAUGAACGCGAUCAAGCGAGGUGUGCUUGACCACAUCCCGACCACGCUCUUCGACGACUACAAGCUCCACAAUGCGGUGUUCAACAAGAUCGCCAACCACCCGAAGGUCAAGGAAUGGUACAGCCUGCCGCACGAUACCUCGAAGCUCAAGCUCAUGUAUUUCCCGCUCCAAGGCCGUGCGGAGCCCAUUCGACUGGCGUUCUUCAUCGGCGGCGUCGAGUUUGAAGACAAGCGACUGUCGUUCGAUGAGUUUGAGAAGGUGAAGUCGGAACUUCCAUUCAACCAGCUACCAGUGCUGGAGGUUGACGGUGAGGCCAUCUCACAGUCGUUGGCUAUCCUGCGCUACGCGGGAAACCUCACGGGCCUCUACCCGACGGUCGACCCGCUUGUAGCUUCCCGUGUCGACGAGAUCUUCGUGCUGAUCGACGAAAUGUACAACAGUCCUGCAUGGCGCGAGACCGUCAGUGAGCGCGAUCAGGAAAAGCUCAAGAAGUUGCGCGAGGGUCUGUCCAAGGGUAUUAUCCCUAAGACCCUGGACUUUUUGGAGAAGCGUGUGGCCGCCUUUAAGGGCCCGUACGCUACGGGGAAAGUCUUGACAGUGGCGGAUUUGGCGAUCUACGCGGUGAUUCUCCCUCUGAAGACUGGCAGACCUGGAACUCCCGUUGAUAUCGCGGAUUCGUACGAGCACCUGUUGCAGGUGUACGACCAGGUCAAGGCGCAUCCGAAAGUGGCCGAGUGGAACGCUGCCCAUGCGUAA